AUGUUGGUUUCAUUUCGAUCGCUACUUUUGGUAGUGACCAGUGGUGCAUUGACUAAUGCCCAAUUCUUUUUCAAUCAACCGUUCAACUUCUUCCCUCAAAGACCAUUCCAACUAUUCCAACCUCCUACCACACCACCGACUACAACAACAACCGUCGAGUUUAUUCCGGACCCCGAUAAGGAGCAAGGAAACUUCCCUAUGCCCAAUCCAGCCAAUUGGCCGGUUGGACCUGAUUGGAAUGAUCCACGGAACAACAAUAAUCAACAAUUGGGAUGGGGAGGAAACGGUCUUAUUGGCACCACUUCAACUAAACCGUCUAUUGUUAUUUCAACUACCACUACUACCACAACUAUACAACCAACGACAACCGCAAUUAUUAGUUCAACUAUUCGACCGAUUGUCAUGACUAAGAAACCACUUCCAGCGCCAGCCAAGAAACAGUCUGCUAAGAAACGGUCAUCACCAAAAAAAGCAAUCGUGACUCCGGCUCCAAAACCAGCUUCUGUUCCUUUUGCUGUGACAACUCAACCACCGAAAGUUAGACUGUCAUCUGCCUCGAAGAGAAGCAGCUCUAGAAAGUCUAAAUCUACUUCAAGAAGACGUAGUCACUAA